AUGACUGUGGUGAAUCUCUCUCUUGUAGCUGUAACGUUCCUCAUGAUGGGGAAGCUUAACGGAAUACAAAUAUACGGAAAUGAAAUAACACAUGGGGAUGGUAACAGAAACACAGUAGCAGCAUCGGUCUCAUCUGCCGCUUCGACAUCAUCUACCGCACAUGCUGCGUCGAAUGUUAAUCAUAAGUUGUUAAAAGAUAGUGAUACAGAGUUUGAAGCCACUUUAAAAAAUUUUUUAAAAAGCAAUAUUAGUAAUGAUAAGAAGAACAAAGAAAUGUUUGAUGAAGAUAAGUUUAUAGAGAAUAAUAAAGAUUUUAUAAAGAAACAAAUAUUGUCCGAUUUGUAUAGUAAGUUUAUGGUUGAUAUAGUAAAUAAUAGUACAUUAAAUUUUUUGGAAAAUUUAAAUUCUGAACAGUCAGGUAAUAACGAGUUUCAAAUUGAGCUUGAAGAGAGUUGCUCACCUUUUUUCUGUGAGAAAAUUAUGAAAGCAAAGGAAAUUUAUAUCAAAAGAAAUGAAGAAACAGUUAACGAUGAUGCAAAGAGUAUGAACAGAAAUAAUAAUGCCAUUGAAGAUAUAUCUUCUUUAGAAACUACCCCUUUGAACAACAACGAAAAGGAGGUAAAAUUACAUAAAGGAGAACAAAUGUAUGAACGUGUUCAGAAUUUAGAUGAUGUGAAAGGUACUGACACAAAUGAAGAGACAAAUAUUGAUGCAGUUUUUUCUAAAACGUAUAAUAACAACAAUGGUGAAGAACAUCAAAAGAUUAUCUUUACUGAUGGUGAUAAUGUUUACGUGCUUGAGGAAAUUACUCAAGGAGAUAACAAUUUUAAUGAUGAAGAUUUGAAUAAACAGAGUAUGGACCAAGAAAUUAAAAUGCAUGUACCUGUUGAAGGAAAAAGAACAAAAGAAGAAUAUAAAACUUUUGGUAUAGAUGUAGAUGAUAAUAGUAACACGUCAGAUGUACUAUAUGUUUCUAAUUCUGAUGUAAUAAACCAUAUACAAAAAGACAGUGAAAAGGGUAUACACGAACACGAUUUGAGAAAGAAUAAAACGAAUGAAGAAGAGGAAGCAACACACAAUAGAAUAUAUUCAGAUGAAUCCUCUACCAACUCAAGUAACAUAGAUGAUGAUAUAUUUAACAUGAGUGAAGAAGAAUUGUCGAAAAAAAUAUUUGACGAUGUUAGAAUGAAUAGUGAAGACAAAGUUGAGUGUUACAAUUUUUCAAAUAAUGAAGAAAAAUGCAAUAGCUUUAAAAAGUGUACAUAUGUAAACAUUGACAAUAAGGAUACUUGUUUUCUAGACUACAACUACAUGCUAUUUUUGAAGAAUAACAACUGCGCGCUUCAGUCAAAAUCUUCGCUCCUCGCCUUGUCGAAGGACUUACUCAGGAAUGACAUAAUAAACAGACAGAUGUUCCAACUUCUAAGAAACAGUAACAACAACAACUUCAUUUGUGAUACCAUCACUUACUCCUUUUUGACAAAUGUUGUUGACAACACGAACUAUGAAGAUAUUUUUUCAUAA